AUGAAUUUUCUUCGUACCGGAAAGGUUCAGGUGGUUGUCGUCAUUUUUGUACUUAUAAUCGUUUUUACAGCCAAAAAAUGUCGAGAACUAUAUGAUGAUGAGCAGGCUAUCCAUAAAACUAGGCCUCAGCAAUAUAAUUGCUUCGACAUGAAAACUGGCAGUGCCGCAUGCAUUGCGAGGAAUGUUUUGAAGUCGUAUUAUUUGACAAAGUACAAUUUGGAGCCGGAACAAAGAAAUAAACCCGAGGUUCCUUUCGUAUCAAAAUACAACAUGGCGCCUUACGUCGGCUCCGGGUGGGAUAUGUUGGAGAGCCUUUACUCUCGACAACGUCCCAAAGGUGAGGCAAUCAGUAAGGCUAUUGGAGCUUUCAUUGGCGAUCAUGUUGGGAGCUAUGUCGCAGAAAAGCAUGUUGGGGGCGGGCCGGGUGUUGCGGAAAAUGUUGGGGCUUGGAAUAAGGGGAGACUGGCGUUCAUGUCGGGGAGUUUAUUGGGGGCCUAUUUAGGAGGAGAAGUUGGGGUUAUGGCUUAUGAUAUAUACGAUGGAUUUGACCAUUUGUGCAAUUACCUUUUCCAUCAUCAAGGAGAAAAGUCUCCAAGCUCCAAUCAUCAGGAGCUGUGA